CUUGGUCAUUUGUCACCUACUCCAAAGAUGGCAGCCGUCGUACCGCUCCCAUUCACGCUGCCCGCAGCCGAUUCUUCGGCAAAGACUGUGGCAUCAGGCUCAAUCUCUGCACCUUCUCAAACUGUAGUCUUUCCCGCUGGACCUUCUUACGUUGCCCAUGCUCGUCGUCAAUUACGUCAAUUAGACUUUGAUGCGGAUGAUGAAGCCGAACAAACCAGAUUAUCCGCAUUCAAGAAGGCAAGUGGAUCAGCAGAUGAUGAUGUUGAAUUGCCCGAAGAAGAGGAAAGCAAGGAUCUCUUAGCCCGCGAUCCAAAAGAUUGGAAAACACAAGAUCAUUAUGCCGUUCUUGGUCUUUCAAGUCUACGUUACAAAGCCACACCUGAACAAAUCAAGGUCGCACAUAGACGUAAAGUGCUCAAACAUCACCCUGACAAGAAAGCAGGUGCCACCGGUUUGACAAACGAUGAUACCUUCUACAAGUGUAUCACACGUGCACACGAUGUUCUCUCUCACCCCGAAAAGCGUCGUCAAUUCGACAGUGUCGACGAAGGAAUCGAUGACGAAGCCGUACCAUCAGGAAAGGAGCCCGAGAGCAAAUUCUUCGCUCUUUGGGGUCCUGUCUUCGAACGGGAGUCUCGUUUCAAUGAUGAAAAGAAAAGCGGUAAAGCACCUGCAUUGGGCGAUAUGAGCUCCUCAAAAGAGCAUGUGGAUUCAUUCUACGACUUCUGGUACAACUUUGACAGCUGGCGUAGCUUUGAGUAUCUUGACAAAGAAAUCAACGAAGGCAGUGACAGUCGUGACGAUAAACGUUAUACAGAAAAGAAGAAUCGUAACGACCGUGCACGCAGAAAGAAGGAAGACAAUGCCAGAUUGCGUAACUUGGUUGACAAAGCAUUGAGCGUUGAUCCUAGAAUUAAGAAGUUCAAGGCUGACGAAAAAGCAGCUCGUGAAGCAAAGAAGAACAAGGGUAAACCAGGUCAAGCAGGUGCAGGGAAUGCUGCUCAAUUGGCUGAAGAAAAGAAAAAGAAGGAAGCAGAAGAGCUUAAACGCAAGGAAGACGAAGCUAAACAAGCUGAAGCUGACAAAGCUGCUCGUGCUGAUGCAAAGAAAGUCAAGGAAGCCGCCAAGAAGAACCUUAAGAAGCACAAGAAGGUUCUCCGCGAUCUCAUCACAGCUAACAACUACUUUGAAGCUGCUGGUACUUCACCAUCUGCCAGUAUUAUUGAAGCCAAAUUGAACGGUUUGGAUGCCAUCACUGCAGCAUUAGCCGAAGAGCCCGAGAAAGUACAAGCAUUGCGCGAACGAUGCGAGAAGGCCGGAAAUGCAGAUGCUAUCAAGAAAGAAUUGGCCGCUGUUGCUGAGGAGAAGGGUGUCGCAAAGGACGCAUUUGCCUGAUAUGCUGUUACUAGAUGUGGUGCAAUAGAAUUACAGUAUUUUACAAAAUGACUAAUGUGUGAUCUA